AUGGCGUGUUGUUCUGUAGGUAAAAAGAAGGAGUGUAUAUUUUGUCAUAUCGGAGACUCCGUAGGUGCUAGAAUUGUGAUUGAGACGGAACAUUUGGUUGCUUUUCGAGAUCGUUCACCAUCAUCGCAAGUUCAUUUACUCGUGAUACCGAAACAACAUGUGCGUACUGUGAAAGAUUUGGAUGAAGGUCAUGUUGCAUUAGUGCAGGAAAUGGUGGAUUUGGGUAAACGUUUGUUAAAAGAACAAGGAUAUAAUCCAGAGGAUACAACGCAAACACGGUAA